AUGUCCGAAUACUUGGGAUGGAGAGAUCGAAAACCGGCAGUCGGUUACAAUCGACCAAGUGAAUUUGAUCGCGAAAUUAUUCCAGGCGGUGUUCAAACGAAAAGCUAUGAGAAUUAUGUCAAAAAUAUUUUCCAUCCUAUGAAUCGCCUCAAUUUCAAGGUAACCUAUUUUUGGAGUUUCAGAAAGAGCUUUGAAGAAUUUUAAGCCCAGUACUUUUUUGUGCCAAGCUAUACAGUACUUUUUGAAUUUCUGAUUUAAUGUCCCUCCUACAGAAUAUAAAUUUUUUAGGACAAGGAAAGACUUGCGCGUGAUCAUGGAUUGUCGGCUACAAAAAUGCUGAGAAUGGAAAAGAGAAUUUGGAAGAGCUGCUUUGGACGACAAAUACGAUCAUGAUCAUUAUUUUGAAAAAAUGCCACUUGAAAAUCUUUAUGCUGAACUUGGCCUCAAGAAUCCGGCGGUGAGUUGAACUUUCACUAACAAGGAAUCUAUAUAACUAACAUUUUACACUUGCACUUUUAAAAAUAGAAAAUAAAAAACAAGUAGAUGAAUUGCAGUCAACAAAUUAUCGAUCAUUCCCAGUUUAUGAACCAAAAUCAUCAUCCGAAUAUUUUGCAACAACUUACGAAGCAGAAAGAGAUCGAAGAAGAAAAGAAAUCGAGAAAGAAUAUGAAGAAAAUCAAAAAGAAGAUCAACCAGAAACACAAAAGAAUUUGUAUUCGACUUUUUCUAGUUAUAGAACGGUAUGCUGUGGCUUAUUUUUUGACAUUUUUAAAUGAAAAAUAUUUAAUUAGCGUAUUUGUUCAACGCAGAUGAACCUAAUAUUUUCAGCCACUUUCAUCUUAUCGUACACGAGAAGAUGAUGAAUAUGCGAAAAAUAACAGAAAAACUUUGAUUGACUACAAGGAAUUUGACAGGUAAUUUUGGAACUCACGAAAAGGCCCCUGUCUUACAAAAUUCCGAAUAACUUGCUUUUUGCAGUUCCCCAUUGUCACCAUAUUUGUACCAAUCUCAUCCAUAUGUUAGAAAUCAAGAUUCGCGAAUCGUUGGAUCAAAUUUCGUGCAACUCACAACUCGCCCAAAAGACAAAUUUUUGUCGAAAAUCGAUGAGACUUUGGCUAUGGUUCGAGAUAUGCCAAGAUAUUAA